CACUCGGCUGUUGACUGAAUUCGCGGCUAAUUUCACAACCGUAAAGUGGACUUAGUUGUCUACAUUCACAACAUGUAAAUUAAUGCUUUUGUUAUGUGAACACGAAUUUGUGUUUUCACUGAAAUUGAAACAAGGAAUUAUUGCACAUUACCGAGCGCGCACACGUACAUGCCCGGCUACCCAUGCCACGAAUGAUGUAGUAUGGUUGAGCGCAAAUUUCAUCUAAUGAGAACUUUUUGCACGCACCAGAACGACGUGCGACAGCGGAAUCAAGCGUUUUUGUGCGUUUAAGUGAAUUUCAAUUUUACACACGACAAAAAAAAGAAGAAGAAGAUGGCGGAAAACACGCUCGAUUUAAGCCAGAGGGAUUACAAAACUAUUGAAAAAAAUUGAGAGAUGAAAAAUAGCAACAUCCAAACGGCUGAAAAUAUAAAUAUUCAUCAUUUUGACGAAUUAGCAUAAGGUUCGGCGGAUGUGUGUAUAUUUUAUGUUCAGUAUUUGCGUAGCAAAGAAAAAAAAUGAACAAUAUUUCGCAGAAAAGUCGAUCGUUCGUUCGAUUGAAUUGUGAGAUUUGAAACACCGUAAAGAAAACGCAGAAUGCUCAAAACUGUUCGAAUUGUGCAACGCCUGAUGACCGUGGUCGUGACCACAUCAUAUACACAUAUCAUAUUCAUAGCAACGUCACGUCAGAGUUCAGCCUCGACGAUUUAUCUGUUUUUUUUUUUGCGAACUCGGAUCGAUUCGCAUUGAAUGUGCGAGAAAGAAAAUCAGCCAUUAUUAUUCAUCAGCACGAUGAGCAAGAGCGGAAAAUAAAGUAAGUGAAUAAAAAGCAAAAGGAAAUCAGCCAAACAACGAAACAAAAAUGAAACAUCCAAUUUUUAGCAACAACCGAAAUUAAAGAUCAAAACUUGAAAUAGAUCGAAGCAAGAAAAUAAAUAAAUAGAAGCUGAAAGAAAACAGACGCGCACACAAGCAAUACAUGUGUAAUAGUAAUUAAGAUAAAGAAGAGCGCCAUUUUUUGGAUCGCACAAAAACGCUGAACAAAAUUGGGAGAGAGAGAGAGAGAGAGAGUACAACAGCAUCAUCAAGGCGGCCAUCGAAUCAGUCAGUCGGGUCAUUUUCCUGCAUUUCGUAAAAAAAAGAACGUUGGGCAGAAAUAAUCACAAAAACAGACGGAAAAAAAAGUAUUCGAGUGGUCGAAGCCGUUUUGGUUUUCUUACUUCAUUCCCUCUCUAUCUCUUUCGCUCGAACAAAAGAGGAGAAAAGAAAUGAAAUGAAAAAGGCGGUAGAAGUCGCAACACAAUUUGUUUAUUCAAUUAAAUCUAAAAAUAUUUGAUACAUAUUUAAUAACGUAGCUGUAACAAUGUAGUGUGUGCAUAUAUGUAAAAGAGACGAAGAGAGGGAGAGGGAGAGAAGGAAAGGCGAAGCACUUCGGUUGCCAUUUUCAACGUCGAUUGGUCGAAAGACCAUUUCGUAAUAAAUCGAAACGGUCAUUUUCCAAAAGCUUUCAAGCGUUAAAACAUUAUUCAAACAGGAACACGAAGCAGUCAAGAAUUGAAUGCGAUCUACGUGCACGAUUCAACCGAAUGACGAAAUUAAAUGAGCUAUCAUCGUUGUGUUUUUUUCUUUCUUUUUCAUUCCUUCGUUGUAGCUGUUGCUGCAAUUGGGCCUGUGUGCAUGUGUGUGUGUGUGUAUGUUGGACGGGUGCUUGAGAAUCCGCCUCAAUUCAUGGUUAAGUCAAGAGUUUUUCAUCCAUUUUUUUUCUAUCAAAAAGCUGUAAUCAAAUAUAAGAAUAAUCCCCCGACUUUUUGAUUGCGGCAAACAUAAGAACUCGGCAAUAAAUUCAAUGAAAAUUGUUAACGAAAUGAUUUUGGCCUGAAGUGACAUAAGCUAAGUACUAAUAUAUGUGUAUACUGCACUCAACGUCAUUCAGCCAACAACAAAAGGAUUUGAACGCCAUGAAUCAUGAACUUAACGACGACGACAAACAAACAGAAGAGAAAAAAAAAUUAUAUUUCAUUUGGAAUUACACUGCCCGAGAGAUAGAGAUAGAGAUAGAGAGUUCCGAAUGCGAUUCCCAUGUGCAUUUUCAUGCCCAUUCAUAUGACGACUCAUCACUUGUCUCGUUGUUCCUUUGUUAAUGCUCUCCUCUUUAUCUUGUUGUGAGUGAAAAUUGUGAAAAAGGCGGAAAAUAUAAACACGUACACACCACACAAGCUCUGGUGCAUGAUUCUAUUCUCGAGCUCAAAGUACCAAGUCCAAAUUUCCCAGAUUUAUUAAAGCACAAAACAAAGAAAUGCUACACUUAUUGCGUUACAUUGCAAUAAGAAUCACUAGACUGCACAAAAAUGGAUCACAAUGGGAUGAUGCGUUUGUUUUGCAAGGCAGAUACAAUGGCUAAGAAAAACAACAACAACAAUAGCAACUGCGACAGCAACAGCAACAGCAAUGCUUUUACAAAUAAAACGACAUGGACGUUUUGUAUAACUUCGAACCUUGUUAAAUAGUCGUGUUCACGAAUCGACCCGUGUGACAAUGAUAAAAACUUCCAUAAAAUCAUAUGCAAUUUACGAAAUAAAAUUGGCUCGAUAUUAUUACGUUAUAAUACCAGCAGCAACAACAACAAAUCAGCGUUUAUUUUUAUAUCAUUCAUUGGAUGGAGAUUCAGCAACAGAUUUUCCGUUUGUCUGUGCUGCAUGAAAACUGAGUUGUCAAAAAAAAGCAAAAUAAAUAAAUCAGAGCAAAACAUUUCGGAUUGGUUUGCCCGGCUGCGGUCGAACGUUGCAGAUCAUUUGUACGAUAAAUAAAGCACCGAUGAAAUUAAGAGAAACACGAUGGCAUGAAAAGAGAGUAGGAAAAAAUAAAGCUUAUGGCCGAGAGCAAAGGAGCGUGAACGAGAGAGCAAGAGCGAGAUAGACUCACAUCCGAAACAGACAUAGGCGGCUGUGAAAUGUGUCUAUGCGUUAGGCACAGUGCUUCAUUAUGAGCAAAAGAGUUAGAGAAAAUAUUACUGUAAACAUGUUAUAAAAUGUUUUGAUUUAGGACUACGCGCAAACCAAAAAAGAAAACGUAGUAAAUGUUUCGUGACAGAUUUUUUGCUUUCGGCUUUUGUUUUAUUUGACUUGUUGUUUCUUCAGUGUGUUGCUGUUGUUGAUUCUUUUCUUCUCUUUUUUUCUCUCUAUUUAUUUCGUUGAUUUUUCACUCUUAAAGCCGACUUCAGUUUCAUAUUGGGCUGGGUUACGACGGUGAUUUUAGUUCUUCUUCGUUCUCUCUUUAUUGUCCACCGCAGUUUUAUUUGCAACAUUAAAUUUCAAUUCCUUUUAUUUUUAUAUUCGAAAGAAUGAACUAGAAACAUACGAACAUACGUAAAACAUGUGCCCAUUUCAAAUGUGAAAUCGGCUGUAUAUUUCGGAUGCGUCGUGGUUGUCGUCAUCGUUGUCGGAAAAUACAAAAUAGCCCGCAAACUAUUUUGUUAGCAAAUUCGUUUCCUGAUUAGAGUAUGGUGCGUUAAACUAAUAGAAAAAAAAGAGAGAGAAAGAGAGAGAGAGAGAGAAUGAGCAAACAAAAAUAGCUUUCCGAAUGAUCUGACCGCUACACAUUUGAUGGAUACACAUUGAUAAAAUUACGAAGUUUACCGCAAAAACUUUCGAUAUAUGUUAUCAUCAAUUUCGCAAGCGAUUAGCAUACAUUUGGGCGUAUUGCCGUACAAACUUACGCUAACACAAUACUCACAACACGAUACAGCACAGAAAAAGCCUUCAACUUGAGCAAUUAUCGGGAUAGAGUGUGUGUGCGUUGUGUUAUCGCUUAGUUUUAGCAUAACGGAAAUCUUAUGCAUUCAAUUAGCUUGCAAUUUGUGUGUACGGAAAUUGUUGUUGUUGGUGUUUUUUGUGUCUUCUGCUCUUUUUUAUGUCCUAACCGAAUUGUAGCUGCAUAUUUUGGCAACAUAUCGAAGGAUAACCAUAAAAUCAAGCCACAUGCUCAUAAUCCAUCUGCACAAAAGUAUCAGAUGCAAUUACAAAGACUUUGCCAAAUGCAUUGCAGCAAUUACAUGAGAUGCUCUGACGACAAGCAAAACAAAACAAAACAAACGAGACUUUAGACUUUUAUCGUCAAAAGUUCUGCUAUAAACAGAUAGUAACGUAGCCUAAUGCAAUCUAAAUUCAACUAAUGGAUUGAUUUUCCACUUCGAGGAAUUCAUAGAUCGUUUCCUGCACUGUUCAUUCUUUUUCCCUUGUUCUUACGAUUUCAAUCGAAAAUAGAACGAACCAAGAUACAAAACUUGAACACAAAAAACGAAAAUGUGUCGUCACUUUUGAAAAAUGAGCGCUCAACAUGAAAAUUAGCAAUUUUUAAUAAAACAAUGUAAACAAUGUCGUGAAGUGAAAAUGUAUCAAGCGUGAAUUUUUCGGAUUUCGUAAAGUAAAAACUAUUGCGUCGAUUUGGAAUGUUUCUAUUUUUGGAAAAUUGAUGAAGAAAAAUUUGAAAUAUUCUCACCUUGUAUCCACAAAAUUGAACUAGAUACGACACCACAAACUGUUGACUGAACUUGAAGUCAACACAUACACACAUUAUUUUAGAAUGAUAUACAAUUCUUGUUGCCGUUUGUUUUUUUCUUAACCCGAAUGAUGCACCAAUAAAUGAAUAAACGACAGAAUGAUGUGACUUAAGCUUAUUUAUUUAUUUUGUCGCGCCAAACUAAUCACAUUGUGAGAAACAUUUACGAUUUGUUGUGACAUUUUAUUAUAUUUCACACGUUCGAAUGAAGUGACAGCGCUCGAGUACAUGAGCGCGAUGCAAACGGUGUUACGGCUCAAUUGCCACACAGUUGUGGUUUGCCAUUGUGAAUAUAUUUGAAAUACUCCGAUUGGAAUGAAAAUGGGCAUUUUGAAUAUGUAAACAACAAAUAAUCUGAUCGAUUAUGAUUCCCACAAACCGCUUUGGAAAUUAUGGAUUUCCGCUUAUUUCAGUGCAUUUAAUCCGAUCGAUUAUUAAUGAUAAUAAACGCCAUUAAUGGCCUUUUCAUCCAUUUAACCGAAAACUAGAUUCUUUUUUGCGUAACUGAACCAAUUUUUUCGCUAUGUUUUCAUCAAACAAAUAAAACGUUGUUCAGUUCAAGGUGAAGUGACGUUAUCACUACGAGCAACGAGCGCAAAAACAAUAUCGGCCAAAAUAACAUACACACACACACACUCGGUAUAUCCGAUGAAUCAAAUCGCAAAAAGUGACUUUGUAUACUGAAGCGAACUAGAUUUCUGCAAGAAUAUUCAGAUCAAAUGUUUGCCACUUUACGUUUGCAUAUGUGUUGAUAUCCACUCUGUGUGUAUCUCCAUUGAAAUUGGAUUCUAUGGAUGCCACCGGAUUAUUUCUAUAAAUCAUUUUUUGAAUUUUUCAUCCAACGCAUUGUUCGUUGCGGAGUUAAAUAUAAAAUGCGUAAAUAUAGGACUAAUUUUUUGCGAGUGGAGCGUUGCCAUUUGGCGAUGGCGAGUGAGAGAAGGAGAGCGAUAAACGUGUGAUAGACGAAAAAAUGUUGUAAAUUCUAUUUGGCUCUUCUACAGAGGUCAUUUCAUCAAAAUAAAAAAUAAUAGGCGCCUAUAUGUGGUUAUAUGCAUACACACCGGUGGUUGUGUUCGCCGAAUUCUGGCACAUGUUACCGAUGAAGAAAGAAAGCUGUGCGAAAAAAAAAAGUUCAGAGAAAGAAAAUAUACAAAUUCAGCUACAAAAAUAUAUAGAUUCAGCUAGAAAAAAAAGCAGUCAUACGGUUCUCUUUCAUUGGGAAAGUGACAAAAAUUCAUAGUUCUGUAGAUCCGCUUUCGUCAGGAUCAAUCGAAAAGAUGUCCCAAGUUUUGCCGCGAUGCUCAUUGAAACAAUGACAAUUCAGCUUCCGGCAACACAAACUGAAUUUACGAUCCUUUUCAUCAGCAUCACGGCACAUCGCUUACAUCCGCAUCAGUACGUAAAUCAUUCGAUUGCCAAUUUGGCAACGGAUUACAACAUCUUCAUUCGCAACUGCAAUGAACGCGCACAAAUUUGAAACCGUGAAUCUCGGUACGAUAAUUAGACAAUUCGCAGCAAAUGUUGUUGUUGCUGUUUUUGCACGGGACUGAAUGUUUACCUAUGCGCCGUACAAGCAUUCAACUUGUUAAACAUGCGAAUGAACACAUGCAUGCUGCAGAUCUCUGCACGUGUUCACAUUAUUUCAUCAAUCAAAGAAGAGUUGGUUGACACGGGCCGCAACUGUGUAAAAGAUGCGUCAAAAUCCAAUCGAUUGAAAGCAAAACCAUAACGGAAAUGUUGUAGAACAAGUCUAAUUCGAGCCGAGUGGAGGUGAAUGUAGAACACAGACAAUUUUCCAGUCAACUUGAAUUAUAUUCAAUUCUCAAUACAAUUUCGUAUGGACAUAUUAAAUCACUGUGAAUUUUUGCCCGUCAAACAAACAAUGCGAUAGCAAAAAAACCUAAGCGCAAUACAGUGCUCCUAUUUUUCUCCCAAAAUACACAAACACACACACACACACAAAGACCAGUGUUAGCACCGGAUUUAAAUUUAAACCGAGUCUGAUGACUAUUUUUAGCAUUCGGAUGAUCUAUUUUUAGCGAAAAACAAUUUCUGGUGCGAUCGAGAGCUGCGAUUAUAUUCAAAGGCUGUUCCGUUUGUGUGCGUGUACGUGUCGUCACAAAGCUACGACAAACACGUGAUGGAAUAUUUUACUCUUCAUUUUUUUGUCAAAAAUCGAUGGUGAUUUAAAUUGGUCUCUCACUCUUUUGUUCUCGGAAAGCUCAAUCGCUGGAAUCCAUUUUGUUGAAUGUAAAACACAUUACGAUGGCAGAUCAUCUUCCCGGAAAUUGUUUGUUUUUACUUUUAUUUUUGAACUAGUUGAACAACGUGAACUUUUGCGAAUGGCCAUGACAACAAAAUGGCAUAUCAAUCAGCUCGUCUCAUUGAGCCGUAUAUUUUCUGAUGAGAGACCAUGAAAAUUGCUCGUGUAAUGAUGAACGUAUGGUGGGUUUUAUGUAAUCGAUGAAAAUAAAAAUGUGGUAAAAAUAUUGGUAAAUCAAUCCUUGUUAGAGAAAUUGAACACUCUUCACAUUUUCCACGCACGCAAACCGUGUGAAAAAAAAAGCGAGAAUUUGUUUGUGGCGAUCGCGUCAUCGAUUGUCGCGAAUAACACCUGAUGUUGCUUGAAAGGUGUGUAGGAUUCAAAAGGAGCCAAUACAAACAAGCAAGUAAAAUGACCGACGUCUGAUGAUGACGAAGUCAACAAGAUGAUUUCCCGUUUUUUCAGAUGCUUCGAUGGGCACAACUCCGUUUGGAUGUAUGCGUCACUGCAUUAUACUCCAAUAGGAAAGAUUCUAUGGAAUUUGAUGUGGUUGUGUGUGUGUGUGUGUGUGUGUGUGUGUGUGCGCGCGUGUAUGUUUGUGUGUAUAUAAGCCUAAAAGGUGAGAGAAGAUGCUAUUGCUUGGGGCUUCGUCAAUCGUACACGUAUGAAUAUCGGCUGCGUUGUUGGCUCUUCUUUUCUCCUCUAUGAAAAAUAUGAUGUGAGAGGAAAAUAUUGACGCGCUUUUCGUAAAAUCUACCGAGCGCGCACUCCAUAAUAGCGCACCACGACACACAUAUGCAAGGCAUUCACAAUCAUCGCGCCAUUAAGAUUCAUCGCUGUACAUUUGCCAUCUCAUUUCACCGUUCGAUCGCUCUCUUUCCAUCCGACUCAACCAACAAAUUUUCGUUUGUAUUUUCAUCCGAUUUUUUUUUUCCAUUUAUCUAUUUUACGUGAAUUCAUUUUUCCACCUCGUAUUUUCAAUGGGUGCCAUGCCGUUUAGUUGAAAUUUGAGUGUUGUUGAUGCAAGAACUUGCGAGACAAAACAGAAAUUUUUUUGUUUCCUUUCUUUUGCUUUCACAUUUAUUUGAUGUGAAUAAAAAUCUAUAUUUUUGUUGGUCUCAGUGAUGUUUCGUUGGAUAAAAUUUUUGGUUACGGUGUGAUUUCUUACUUCUCGCCCGCGAUUUCAAUUUGUGAGCUCCGUGUUUAUAUUUGUUAUAAUUUUUUUUUUUUUUUUUGGUGUGACUAUUCGAAAUCGUUUGGGGACUUUUCGGACAUUCUAUUCCAUUGUUUGUUGAAUUUUGAACGCCUUUCGAUCAACGCAAAAAAUGUUUUCAAUGUUAGUUCAAUCGUACGCGUGUGACGCGCUCUCUGCCCGACGUUUUUAUACGUGAUUCGAACGAUAUCGAAAGGAGAAAGAGAAAAACGUCGAUUUUUUUUCCCAACAUACCAUUUAUUAUUUUCUCCUUUAUUAUAAAACGAUAAUCUAUCGGGAUUUUUUUUUCUCGUCAGUUAUUGUGACACAGGGUGAAAAUAAACGAAAAUCGAACAAAAACAACGAAUGAAAAAAGUACAUUGACGAUUUGUUUUUUAGUUUUUGUUUGGGAGAGUUCGGAGUUGAUGGUGAAGAUAGUCCGGGUAUGGUCAUGUUUACAAUCAUUUGCAUUCGGCCAAGCAUAAAUUAAAAUUCGGGAAUUGUGGUGUUGACAAAGCGAAUUGUUGUGAAAAAAAAAACAAAAUCAAAUAUAAAAGCCCAUUUGAGUGAUGAUGAAAUAAAUCAAUUCGAAAAAUUCUCUUGAAAGAAGGAAAAAAAGUGGUGAAAAGAGAGAGAGAGAAAACAAUUGAAACGUUGACAACAAAGAGUGUGAUUGUGUGCUACAAUAAAACCGUGUGGUUCGCUUAACGUUGAGGAUUUAUUUUAUCGUUGCUAAUUGAAUUUCAUAACAAAACGCAUCAAAAUGGCUGGAUCGGAAACGGAGAUUGAAGAAACGACCGAAGAAUGGACCCGCACGAUUUCGGUGGUAAAGAAAAAAAAGAAGGUGUGUAUGAUAGUAAUCAGAAUAAAAUCCUUGGCAUUGUGUGAAUAGAAAAAGACGUCGCAUUCUCUUUGAUGCCAUCUUAAAUCCAUCAGCACGAAUUAAGCUGAGACAGAGCAAUGUUGUGAACGGCAACGACAACGCCGCCGUCAUUUGAAUGAAAGAGUCGUGCGCUCGUUUUUGUAUUACAAGUCAAAAGUCAAAGUUAGAAGAAAUGAAAUCAGAAUACUCCGGAGUGCAUCUAAUUUUAGCCGGGCUAUAAAUUGAGAAAGCAUCAUUAAAAACUCGAAUGAACGCUGAUUCACACUCACUCUCUCUCUCUCUCAGUGUGUUUUUGUCCCCUCGUCAAAAUAAAAAGACUUUCAAUUUCAUGUACAAGUCACGUCUAAUUCUUGUUCCCAAUGCGCUGUGUCGUUGACAAAUACACGCGCGCGCGACUCCUCUCGUUGGGAAGAGAGUGACGAAAAUGUACACAAAAUUCAACGAAUUUUUUUUUCUACUUCUGCUUCUUCUACCAACGAGCGGUUAGGUCUUUACCUCUAAACAUGCGAUACACAUCGUGUACGUACUAAUGUCUAAAUUUAUCAAAUGUGUGUUUGCGUAUUGAUUUUGUGAGUUUUGAACAAGAUCGUUCGAUUUUCGGGCCGGCAUGUUUAUUACGAAAGCCGAUAAACAACAUACAGAGUGGAGAAAAAAAACCCUACGAAAGAAACGCCAAUAGCUGCAACAGUCCGAAACAUUUCAACACAACAACAUGCUGCAUUUGCCGAAUGAGAGCGCAAAUUGCAUUUCGAUUUACUUCUUCGUCAACCAAAACGACAACCAUGACCACUCCAGCCAAAUUGUUUGGAAAAAAUUUGGGCGAAUACGAUGAGGUUGAUGUCGACGAACUGUUGGCACAAUUGUCGGCAGAGGAAAUUAAAAUUUUGGCCAAAGAAGUCGAUCCAGAUGAUAACUUUUUGCCACCGAGCCAACGUAACAACUAUGACUGUGAAAAGGAAUCGACCGGUCCAUUGAAUAGAAAAAAGUUAAUAGAACACAUCAACAAAGAAGCAUUAGAAACACCAGACAGACCGGAAUUUGAGCCAUUCAUUAAGGGAAAAGUUCGCGGCAAAAAAUGGGUAGCACCACCACCAGAUGCAGCGCAACUCGAUGCCGACGAAAAGAUUGCCAUUGAUUUGGGCGAUGAAUAUGAGCAAGCACUAACCGAUGCAUCACAAGAAGAAAUAAUCGAUUUGGCAGCUAUUCUUGGCUUCCAUUCAAUGAUGAAUCAAGAUCAAUAUCAUGCGUCGCUGCUGAACAAAGGGCAACCUGUUGGCUUGGGUUGGGAUGGCAUCACAAAAUCGAGUCAACAAAAAAUCUUCCCACAAGAUCCACCAAACAAUACAGACGUCGAGGAAUCCAUUAAACGAGUCAAGGAUGACGAUACCAAAUUGAUCGAAUUGAAUUUGAACAACAUCAAAAAUAUUUCUGAUGAGAAAUUCGAGCAAUUGUAUAAUGCAUUAUCCGAGAAUGAGCAUUUGGAAGUCUUAUCAUUGACCAAUGUUGGGCUCACUGAUCGAACUGCAUUGCUGUUGGCUGAAGCCAUUCAGAAAAAUAAAACUUUACGAGUAUUAAAUGUGGAAACGAAUUUCAUAAGUCCUGCCGUGAUUGUGGUAUUGGUUAGAGCAUUAUUGAAGGCCAAGAGCAUUGAAGAGUUCAGAGCCUCGAAUCAGCGAUCAUCCGUAUUGGGCAACAAAAUCGAAAUGGAAAUCACCGAAUUGGUGGAGAAAAAUUCAUCGCUUUUGAGAUUAGGUUUGCACUUGGAGUUCAACGAUGCCCGUCACAGAAUUGCCAAUCAUCUACAGCGUAACAUUGAUAGAAUACGAAAAGACCUUGACCUCCGCCUACAAUUCAGAUUUUUUACUAAUAAUAUAUAUAAUAGAAAAACUGCGAUGAUUAAAUGAGCCAAGUCCCAGUUCAAUAUAUAUAAAAAAAAAACAAUCUAUAAAAACACACACACAGACACAAAAACAUUGAGUGAAAGAAAGCGACAGAUGCCUAUAAUAUAUUCAAAAUAUCCCCGAAAACCAUUUGAGUCAUCUGUACGAUGAUUUGAAGGAUUUACACAUAAAAAAAGCCAAAAACUACAUGAGAAAAAAAAAUCAAAUAAAAAAAACUAUUUUUUAAAAAAUACAAACACAUAAAACACACACAUUGAUAAAAAAAAUCUAUUUUAAGUACGAAUUUCCCGACUGAACCAGCGCAAAUAAAGCGACAUCUCAAUAAGUAAAAAAAAAUAUAUAAAUAAAAAUCCUAUGAUAUAAACACUGGACGACAACGUCGAAUGGGACACUUUGCGCGAAACUACACCAUCG